AUGAAUAGGAGGCAGCAGUGCUUGGAGCUCAUCCAAAGCUCUGCAACUCCCUCUCAAGCGCUCCAAGCUCACUCCAGGAUCCAAUCCAUCCUCAAGGACACGAGCAACGACAUCUUCCUUUGCAACAAGCUGAUCGAGAUGUAUGGGAGGUGUUCUAGUGUCGCUAAUGCCCGCCGGGUCUUUGACUCGCUCCACAGGAAAGAUUCCUUCUCCUGGGAUCUCCUGCUCAUUGCCUACGUAAGGAACGGGCUUUUGGAAGAAGCCCAGAGAAUCUUUGCGACAAUGCCUCACAAGAGCGUCAUUCCUUGGAAUGUGCUCUUGGCUGGAUAUGCCCGAACUGGGCAUAUGAAAGAGUGUGUGGAGAUGUUCGAGGGAAUGCCCGCUAGAAACGAGGUGACGUACACAACGAUGAUCAGCAUGUAUGCCCAGAGUGGAGAGGUAGAGUCUGCGAUUGAGAUCUUUGAGCAAAUGCCAGAGAGAGACAUUGUUUCGUGGAAUGCCAUGAUCAGUGCAUGCUCUGAGAAUGGACGCCUGGAUCUCUCCCAGCAGCUGUUUGGCAGCAUUCCUUUGCGGAAUGUGGCGACGUGGAAUGGGAUGCUCGCAGCCUAUGCUCGAGCCGGUCGUCUAGAGGAAUCUGCAAACUUCCUUGAAGAGAUGCCAGAAAGGAACCUGGUUUCAUGGACAACAAUCAUGGCACUGUAUGCCCAAGAAGGGUAUUUACAGGAAUCUGAGCUUAUAUUUCUGGAGGCCCAUCAGAUCGACAUCGUGUGCUGGAAUGUGAUGCUUGUUGCACAUGCCCAAAACAAGCAAGGGCAUCGUUGUUUGGAGAUUUUCAACAGCAUGCCCGAAUGGGAUCUUGUGUCGUGGAAUGCCCUGAUUUAUGGUUUGGGCGAGGCAGGCAAUACAGUCGGGUCACAAGAGAUGUUUAGAGAGAUGCCACAGCGCAACCUUGCCUCGUAUAAUGCCAUGUUGGCAGUAUAUGCCCAGUCACGGCAUAUUGAAGAAGCUAAAGAGAUUUUCAAAGACAUGCCAUAUCACGACGUCUUAUCGUCCAACACAAUGAUUGCUGCAUUCUCAGAAAGCGGCCUCGUUGAAUAUGCCAUGCUUGUGUUUACCAAAAUGGCUUUCAGGGACAUUGUAUCCUGGAACUCAAUGCUUGCGGCAUAUGCCUGCCACAGUUGCAUAGAGGAGUCUACGUGCUUGUUUGAAGAAAUGCCACAGCGCGACCUCGUCUCGUGGACCACAAUGCUACUCUUGAAAAGCAAGAGCGGGGUGUAUGAAAUGGUGGAGAUGGAGCAACACUUCAACUCCAUGCCAGAGCAGGAUCUCCUGUCAUGGAACACAAUGCUUUCAGCAUACUCUCAUCAUGGGCAUCUGGCCAAGGCCAUUAGGAUGUUUGUAAGUGUCCCCCAACACGAAUCAGCUACAUGGAAUACCCUGUUGACAGCAUAUGCCGUGAAUGGGCAUUUGGACAGAGCUUUGAAGCUGCUGGCCCAGAUUCCCGAGCCUGACCUGAUUUCAUAUGCUGCAAUGCUGGCAGCCCUAGCUCAUGCGGGUAGAUCACUUGAGGCAUUGGAACUGUUUGAUUCGCUCAAGAUGCUCCACCUCCCUGACUUGACGUGCUUUGUUUUGGGUCUUGUGGCGUGCAGCCAUACUGGAAACGUUAAGCGAGGAAGGCAGUGCUUUGCUUCAGUUGUAGCAGACUAUGGAAUGGAGCCAAGCAAGCAGCACUAUAGAUGCUUUGUGGAUCUGUUGGGCCGGUCAGGACACCUGAACGAGGCAGAAGAGCUCAUUGCAAACAUGCCAUACUUUCCAGAUGUUUUGGAGUGGACUAGCUUGCUUGGGGCGUGCAAAAGCCAUAGAGUCUUACAGAAUGGUGGACGUGCCGCAAAUAUGGUAUUGAGUAUGAAUCCAAACGAGGGAGGAGCAUACGUAUUGUUGUCUACACUUGUCAACCGGUAA